AUGCUGGUAGAGCCAGUGGUAGCACCACGUGAUGUGUACCAGUUCCCCUCCUUCAGCAUCUUCUCCCCGGAGCCCCUGGAGAAAGUGGACGAUGUUGAGGAAUCAGAAAAACCCGACGGUUUCGAGCGACCACCCUCGCCACUCGAGGAGGUCAUUCAGCAACCUCCCAAACUUUACGAACAGUUUCUAGAGAUCUUACAAGAAAGGAUUAAACCAAACGCAGCUUGCACGAACUUGUCUAUCGAGCACCAGGAAGGACUCAUUUCUAUAAUUUUCUCCGAGGUGUAUACAAUAUGGAACAGUUUAUGUGAGGCAAUAAAUGACCCCCAUCUGACCUCCACUCAGAACAAGAAGGUUCACAUCAUGCUGUUCAUUAAUGUUGUUGAGAUUUGUCAGGAACUGUUCUCUAAUUAUUUGAAUAGAAUCAAUAAGUUGGACGGUAAAGGUGUUUUCUCGAGGUCAGUUAAUGUGUCGCGUAUCAAGGGUUCCUUGAUAUCUGAAGCAAGUAAAUCACUAAAUGUUCACAGACUCCGACAGAAGAUUUUACAAGAGUUCAAAGUCCAAUCUGUCCCUUCCAGCCGAAAAACUGGACUUGAAGAUGAGUUCAAGGACGAUUUCUUGGGUUAUUUUGAUCGGAUGAUCCCAAAAGCAACAUCUGUAUCAAUAAUAGACCCUGAAUUAUCUCAGAAAGUAUCUGCAAUAGAGAGUAAACUGAGAUUUGCGCAGGUAGUUUCUGAGUUUAAGUCUGUAAGUGACGCCUCCAAGUCCCUAGCCAAGUCAUAUGGUUUCGAAGCUGCGGGCAGUGACGGUGAAGUCUCUUCUUUUACAACAGGAUCAUCACCUCACAAGCUACAGCAGGAGGACUCAGUCAUGUUCCGACACCGAGACCUGGAGUUUCUUCUCUCAGAAAACAGAGUCCCAGCUACUCAGAUGACGGUAGCUGAUGACGAAGAGGAGUUGGCGGCCGUGUUGCAAGCAUCAACCAAAGCAGCACCGCCCAAACGUAGACCACAACCAAGACGGGAGCGUCUAGAAUCUAUUCUGAGUGGUGAAAGUGUCGAUGUAUCUAAUCUUCCUGUCCAGCCGGCUAUCACUUCCAAUGUUAUGCCUGAUAAAACUGUAGUCAAAACAUCAGAUAUUCGCGUUUCAGAGAGGGUCCCUCAGUCGAACAUGAUUUUAGAUCUCUCACCUUGCUUGUACAACGAACUAUUAAACGAGAUAGAUGAAUCUGAUAUAGCUUUCCUUGACAGGAACCUCUUUAUGGGUCAGGAGAUAAAAGAUGUCUACAGUGAGAUCUACAAAACAAUCGACCAUGCUCACGUACAAUUUACAUCAGACAUGGAAAAACCGUGUCCAAACCUCCCAACAGCAGAUCAUUACUUCAACUCAGGAAUUAUGAGGAAGAAAAAGGUGAAAAACAGGAGAAUCAAUGAAAAGAUUAAAGUUACAGACAAACCACCCUGGGGAAUGAGUACUAGAGAAGAUUGGGAGGCUAACGUUCACUUUCAGGGCAAUGAUUCACACGGUGAUCCUAGCGAAGUGUUCCCUAGCCAGCUCCUCAAAGUUCCAGUUUUCUCCGAUUUCGACACCACCAACUUCAAGGGUGAUGCAAAGUCGUCAAGUAAAUCAUACACAAACUGGUUGCAGUGGUGGAAGUCAAUAAUGUCUGCGGAGGACUACUUCAAGUAUUUGUCCAUCCGGGAGAGCGAUUAUCUUGCUUUGGUAUUUCAUCUUUACGAUUCGGAGGAGGACAUGGACUCGGAUGAUGAACGUGAUAUUCUGCUGGAAAAAGAGCUGUUAAAGGAGCGUGAAAAGCGAGACCAGCUGUUGCAGGCAAUGUUGGAGGAGAAAAACAAAGUUGUCCCCGGUUUUUGGAAUGCCAACGCUAUAUUGAUGGGAGGACUAGGCAAGGAUCCAGAAUUAGAAGAGGGAACUUUAAGCGGUGAUCUUACCCCUGAAAAGAUCACCCAGCUUGUUCAGUCUAGUUCUACCCUCAGAAAAUAUCCUCGUUCAAAAUCUGCUGAAAGUUCCAGUACGAUGGCCCCGAAGAGUGUUAUGUCCAAAGAAUCAAAAACUGUUGCUUUUACUGUGUCACAAGAUGUAGUCAGUACUGGCAUGGCUUCUAUUGCAUUGGAAAGUAAGAUGUUGCAGGAACGCCUGAACAACAUUUGGAAGAAACUUGAAAUGCCCGAUAAUGAUAGGAUUGAUAUGACGAUCAAAUACUGCAAGAUCGAUUCGAAGAGUCUCAAAAAUGUUGUGGAUCUUUGGGAACACGCUUGCAAUGCUAUAUCUAGCCGUGAAAAACUUAUUUUAGAACUGGAAACAUUCGAAAAAGAUGCUUCAGAUCCACAGCGGCUGUUUGGCCAGAACAGCAAAACGUCCCGUAUUCUUGAGGAAAAGAAACGUUCAGCACUUCAUCGCCGCAUCAAAAAAUGCGAAAAACAAGUCAAUAACCACAUAAUAAAGGUACACAAAGAGCUUGGGGACACAGUUACAUAUCAAGGUCGAGUAUAUUUCGACAAAAUGGCACGUGACACAACGGAAAUGUUAUAUUGGCUGCAGCAGGAGCGCAGGCAGGCAGCACUUGAACAAGGAGGCAUGGUUAUGGUCGAUCUGCCACCUAUUUCCCCUUUAGAACUUGUAUGAGUUUAACACUUAGUUGCCUCUUACUGUAGAUAUUUAGUCAGACUAAAUUGUUUGGGUUGGGUUGAGACAAACGACAGAACUCAGAAUGAUUUUGUACAAUAAUUUAUAAAUAAAAUACAGAUAUAUCAGAACACAGAAUGUAAAUAGUUUUAUAUCUUUUAUAGUUUCUAUUUGAUUAUUUCAAUGAUAUCCAUGAUCAUGCAUUUUAAGAAAAUACAAUUCUUACUUAAUGUGUAAAAUGUAAUUAAUUAUUGAUUAUAAUCAAUUAAAUUCAGCUCAGCAACCAUGAUUGAUCUAGUCUUUUCUCGAUUAUUUAAGUUUAAGAUUAUGAUAAGUUGUAUGUGGGACAAAUGUAAACGCUUCUUUUGUGAACCACAAUGUUGUGACGCAUGUUGGUCCAGAUGUAAUAUAAUAGACAAUAGUCAUGCGGUUGACAAAAUAUAACAAUGCUAUGAUCUAAAUCGCAUGAUCCAUACGUCAGACGAAGCACAUUGACUACUUUGCGUAGCGCGCGAAAACAUUCUGGUUGGUAGUGGAGCACUGCGAUCAGCU